AUGAUGAGCUUUCCAGUGAUUUUUGCUGGCGUGGCCAUUCUAUUGGCCUCGUUGAAUUAUUUCUUCAGUCUGAAACUCGAUCCUCGAGAACCUCCUCUUCUUCCACAGAAAAUUCCAUUGAUCGGACAUCUUAUUGGAUUUCUCCGCAAUGGCAACUCUUAUUACUUGGAUAUGAGUAUGAAACAUGGCCAGCAAAUUUGCACUCUCGGAAUGCCUAAUGGCAGAACAUAUGUUGUCAAUUCGACGAAAUUGGUUUCUGCGGUUCAGCGAAAUGCUAAGACAAUCUCUUUUGACCCGAUUUUGACUACCGUGGCUGAACGUCUGGCGGGCAUCACGGGUCCGGAACUAGAGGCGCUCAAGGAAGAAGAAACGGGAGGCGGCGGAGCACAUCGCAAAGUGGUUCAUUCAAUGGCUCCGUCUCUAAUUGGAGUCGGGCUGGACGCGAUGAACAAAGCUAUGCUGCGGAACUUGGAGAACUUCAUUAACAAAUUGGAAAGCCAAAGCCAGGAGUUCGAUUUGUGGGCUUGGACUCGUCAUGUCAUCAGCAUUGCGAGCACUGAUGCUGUCUUCGGCCCGGAGAACCCUUACGCUAAGAAUAACUAUGAGCAGACAUUCUGGGAAUACGAACUCAAGAUUACUCUGUUGCUCGUGAACGUGUUACCGCAAUAUACCGCACGGGGGGCGUACCAGCAAAGGGAAUUCAUGGCGAAACAGAUGAUUGACUACUACCGUCGUGGGCAUUGGAAGCAGGGCUCUGAGAUGAUUAAGGCGCGAUAUGAGACAGGAAUCAAGAAUGGCGCCUCCCUCGAAUCUAUAGCACGCCUAGAUGUACCCGGAGGAACCGGAAUUCUAUCAAACACGGUUCCUACGGCAUUCUGGACUCUUUGCAAUGUCUUUUCGUCACCGAAACUACUUGCGGAUGUCCGAAGCGAGGCAGAAAAACUCUUCAGCGUUGAUAGAACAGGUCCCAAGCCGGUUUACACCUUGGACACUUCAGACCUUCGCACUGGGUGCUCAAUUCUCUUCUCGGCGUAUCAGGAAACCAUGCGGACGAGGGCUUGUUUCGCAUCGCCGCGCUAUGUUCUUGAAGACACUCUUCUCAAUGGCGAAUACCUCUUGAAGAAAGGGGCCCUUCUUCAAAUCCCCGCUGCUGUCCUUCACCACGAACAAUUGCAAUGGGGUCCUGAUGCAGCCACCUACGAUCCGUAUCGAUUUACCAAGAAGAGCUCUAUCAAGCGAUCACCAGUAGCCUAUCGAGCCUUUGGUGGUGCUCCUGCCCUUUGCCCAGGUCGUCAUUUUGCAACGGUGGAAGUUUUAUGUUUUGUAAUCAUGAUUACGAUGCGCUACGAUAUAACUCCUGCUGACGGCACCUGGAACCUCCCAGAACCCAAUUACAGCAACAUUGCUGCUAGCAUUUUGCCCCCGCUUGGAGAUAUCAAAGUGAAUGCGACCGUGAGAAAGGGGUUUGAGAAUAUUGACUGGAAGUUCAGGAUCACAGAGCUGUCUGAAGAAAAAAGUGCGUUUGGUCUGGCUUCGGAGUAG